UAUGGAUAUUAAGUUGGCUGUGCUUAUGGAGUAUUAUUUAAUGCAAUAUUGCAUCACGAAAUAGUUCAAAUGAUCAACAUUCAACCAUAGUUUUCAAUUUUCGAUCCUCUGUAUGCUAUACAUUGAAUUUAUUUUUUAUAUUUCCAUUAUUUUAAUUUGUUUCUAACAAUGAUUUCAAAUAUUGCCAAAACCAUGUCUACGACAAAAAUAUUCACAAGGAAAUUUAAUACAAGCACAAUUAGACGUAGAAUCAUUAAAAUCCAAGAUAAAGAAGACUUUGAUAAAUAUGUGAUUCAAAGCAAAGAGCCUGUGGUCAUUGAUUUUUUUGCAACCUGGUGUGGACCUUGUAAAAUGUUACUACCACGAAUUGAAAAAGUUAUAGAAGAGUAUAAUGAUACAGUUAAUCUUGUUAAAGUAGAUAUUGAUGAUAAUGCUGAAAUUGCUAUGGAUUAUGGUGUUUCUGUAGUGCCAGAAUUAAUUGCCAUAAAAGAUGGCCAAGUUCAGGGAAAAAUGAUUGGUCUACAAGAUGAAGAUAAACUGAAAACUUUUGUUUCAAAGUUAGUUGAAUCUAAUGUAAACAAAAAAUAAUUGCUUAUAGUUAUGAAGUAUUCAAAUUCUUACUGCAUUGUGAAUCAACAUUAAGCUGGAAACUGAAAUAAUUAGAUUUAGUUAAAUGUGUUGAUGUUAAUUAUAUUUAUUCGAUUUUUGUAAAAUAAAGCAU